AUGCUUCUGUGGCAGGUUUAUGUGGCAACCAUAGUUUUUCGAGUUAUACUUUCGGACUUUACCUUACCUGGUUUACAAGGUGGCGGGGUAUAUCUACAUCAAGGUGACGUCAUGAUUGGUGUCUUGUCAAGUCUUCUCCAAAGCGGAAUCUCUGAAGAUGAGUUGUGCAGUGAUGACGUAAUUAGUGGUUUAUCUACAUUUAAAUUCAUUGGAGGAUUGACUUAUGCUAUGGAUAAGGUUAACACCGACCCAACAAUACUCCCGGGGGUGAGAUUAGGUUUCAUUGCUCUCCCAACUUGCCAAGGGCUCUUAACAACACUAGCAAGAGUUUUACAGUUUGUGCCCCAGGCUUCACAGUGUGAAAAUCCCAGAGAUCCUAAAUAUUUGCAGUACUAUAAGGUUCAAGGUGUUCUUGGACCUCCUUCUAGUCAGGCGUCUGUUAUGUCUGCCCCAGUAUUAGGUUUAGCUCAGAUUCCCCAGAUAAGCAGAUGGGCUUCAAGCGAUGAACUAAGUAACAAAGAGCUGUACCCAUACUUCAUGCGUGUUGCACCUCCAGACAGAUAUCAGACCCAGGCUAUUGUUGACAUAAUUCGCUAUUUCAACUGGACUUAUGUUUCUACACUGCACAGACCAGAUAGCUAUGGACAAAAUGGGAUCAAUAAAGUUCAUAGGCUGUUAAAGAAGUAUGACAUUUGUCUUGAAUAUAGCGGAGUUAUUCAUAAAUCAAUGAAGCAAAAUGAGUUCGCUGACGUCUAUACAAACCUUAAGCGGCACAACAAGCCUAAAGUAGUGAUAGUGUUUGCCUUCACAGCGGACCUCAGAGGAGUUCUGGACGCAAUUAGAACAUCAAAUGGUUCAAAUGAAUUCAUUUUCGUGGUAAGUGAUGCUGUGUCAUUCAAAGGGGACAUUUUGCCUGAAAUGGUAGGAUCCAUAAAGAUUGGGUUGUACUCCGAGCCUGUUAGUGCGAUGGACACAUUUAUAAAAUCACUAACUCCUAGUAAUUUUUCUGAUGCCAACACCUUGGGACACAAAUGGAUUCGAGAUGUAUGGGAAUUUCAUUUUGAUUGCUCAUUUAAUAACAGUGGUAAAAAUUCGACGCUUUGUGAUGACGAACUUAGACUAAAUGAAGAAAAUGGUUAUACCCCAUAUGGUGUUAGUGGCUCAUCAUUGAUAGACGCCAUUAACGUAUUUGCCCAUGGUUUACAUGAGCUUAUAACAAAUGAGUGCCCAAUGGCUUUUAAUGAAACAUCGCUGUUAGAAGAUUGUAUCAAAGGGCCUUUAUUCAAACAAUAUCUUGUCAAUGUGAAUUUUAUGGGUUCUUGGGGACCAAUAAAUUUCGACCAGAAUGGAGAUAUACUUGGGAGGUAUUCGAUAAGUCAAAUUCAAAAUGACCCCGAUCAACAACAACAGCAUGUUGUCCGCAUAGGCAUAUGGGACAAACAUAUGGACAUAAAUUUGGACGUAAACAACGCAACGUUGAAAUGGCACCAUCACACAGAUCACAACAAACUACAAAAUGUGUAUCCAGAGUCUAUGUGCAGCUACCCCUGUCGACCAGGAGAGUUUUAUAUUAAACAGGAACUGAAAUGUUGCUGGGAAUGCAGGAAGUGCCGCACUAACGAGAUAACAAUCAACAAUGCUAGUACCUGUAAGGAAUGCCCGAUAUACAAGUGGCCUGACCAGGUGGUAUUCGAAAACUGCGUUGAAAUACAAUUGAGCUAUUUACUAUUUACAGAUAUUCUUGCCAUUGUUAUGACAUCCCUCAGUGGUAUUGGAUUGUUGGCAUGUAUCACCGUCUCUGUUCUACUUAUUAAGAACCGCAACCACAAACUGGUAAAGGCUUCAAACAGAGAGUUAACGGGUAUUAUUCUCGCAGGAACGAUGCUUGCUUAUGUGACUGUAUAUACAGUCAUUGCAAAACCGGUCACUAUAUACUGUUACCUUAGCUGUGUCGGCUUCCACAUCAGCUCGGCACUUGCUUACGCACCGAUGGCCGUUAAGACCAACAGAGUGUUCCGGAUUUUCGAUGGUGGCAAGCGAACGAUUCGGCCUAACUUUAUUUCAUCUCGAUGGCAAGUUAUCUUCACAAUGUUUCUCAUCCUGAUGCAGGUAUUAAUAUAA